CCAAGGCCCGUGAGGACACCCCUUGGGAUCACACUGAGCUCACCACAUCACUAAGGUGGCUGAACCUUCUGCAUCAACCAGCCCAGGUUAAAUCCCAGGAUCUCCAUGGAUUUUCCUGGCCUAGGAGCCCUGGGGACUGCAGAGUCCCUGCCACAGGGGUUUGUGGAUUCUGCCCUGGUGUCCUCACCACCCGAUUCGGGAGGGUUCUUCUCUGGGCCUGAGGGUUUGGAUGCAGCAGCCUCCACUUCCCCGAACACAGGAACGGCUGCAGCCACUGCUCUGGCCUACUACAGGGACCCCGAGGCCUAUAGACACUCUCCAGUGUUUCAGGUCUACCCACUUCUCAACUGUAUGGAGGGAAUCCCAGGGGGCUCACCUUAUGCCAGCUGGGCCUACGGCAAGACGGGCCUCUACCCUGCCUCAACUGUAUGCCCCAGCCACGAGGAUGCCCCUUCCCAGACGCUGGAAGACCCGGAUGGGAAGACCAGUACCACCUUCUUGGAAACCUUGAAGACAGAGCGGCUGAGUCCAGACCUGCUGACCCUGGGGACGGCACUGCCCGCAUCAUUACCGGUCACCGGCAGUGCUUAUGGGGGACCUGACUUUCCCGGUCCUUUCUUCUCUCCCACUGGGAGCCCUCUCAGUUCAGCAGCCUAUUCUUCCCCCAAGUUUCACGGAAGUCUCCCCUUGGCCCCUUGUGAGGCCAGAGAGUGUGUGAACUGCGGAGCAACGGCUACUCCACUGUGGCGAAGGGACAGAACAGGUCACUACCUGUGCAAUGCCUGUGGCCUGUAUCACAAGAUGAAUGGCCAGAACCGGCCUCUCAUCCGACCCAAGAAGCGUCUGAUCGUCAGCAAACGGGCAGGCACUCAAUGCACUAACUGCCAGACGACCACCACAACACUCUGGCGGAGAAAUGCCAGCGGAGAUCCCGUGUGCAAUGCCUGUGGCCUCUACUACAAGCUACAUCAGGUGAACCGGCCACUGACCAUGCGGAAGGAUGGCAUUCAGACUAGGAACCGCAAGGCCUCCGGAAAAGGGAAAAAGAAGCGAGGGUCAAGUCUGGGAGGAGCAGGAGCUGCUGAAGGACCAGCUGGUGGCUUCAUGGUGGUAGCUGGCGGCAGCAGUAGUGGGAAUUGUGGGGAAGUGGCCCCAGGCUUGACGCUGGGCACUGCAGGUCCUGCUCAUCUCUACCAGGGCCUGGGGCCUGUGGUGCUGUCAGGGCCUGUCAGCCAUCUUAUGCCUUUCUCUGGACCGCUGCUGGGAUCGCCUACAGCCUCCUUCCCCACAGGGCCUGUGCCUCCCACCACCAGCACCACUGUGGUGGCUCCCCUCAGCUCUUGAAGGUACACGAAAUGGCCUUGGCCUUGUGGCCGACAAGGUGUCCCCUCCUUUUUUUUUUUUUUUUUUUUUUUU